AUGGAUCCCUUCACUGCCAUCGGCCUGGCCGGCAACAUUCUGACUUUCAUUGAUAUCGGGUUCAGAUUGGUAAACCAAACGAAGGGAAUCUACGACUCCAAGUCCAAUAGCACCGCCGAAAAUGAUAGCCUCAGCGUCAUGACGACGCGAUUCACCGCUACCAUGAAAGAGCUCGUUACAGAAUGUAGCAGCAUCUCAGACGAGCUUCAGAACCUACUUUCAGAGCUGAAGGCCAAGAAGCCGAAUUCAGUACGCAGCAGCAUGAAGGCAGCACUCCGCGACUGGAGCAAGAAGAAAGAGAAAGAAGACCUUCAUAAGAGACUUGAGAGUUCCCGCCAGCAACUUGACUUGCUGCUUUCAACAAUGACACGAUUCGAAUCUCUAGAGCGCCUCAACCAGUUGAUAAAAUAUGGCCAGUCCAGUGAAGCUGAAAUCACCUCUCUUCGCCGGAACAUAGAUGCCCUUCGCUCUGGGCUACAGGUCAAGUUCCUCAGCACCGAGGCUCUGGAGCAGAUCCAGGAAGUAGUCAGUUUGUCAGAUCGUGCGACGUUGAAGAUGCGGGAAAGUUGCAUCCUUACUGCCUUGCGGUUCGAUUUGAUGGAUGACAGAUACGAUGAUGUCGCCGAGGCCCAUGACAAGACGUUUGAGUGGAUAUUCGACCCAUACAUUCGUGACGACGAUGAUGACCUACUGCACAGCUCUGGCAUCACAUCUUACAGACCAAAGGAAAGGCCUGGAGCUCGUGACAAGUUCGUCUACUGGAUCAAACACGGCAACGGCAUCUUCCAUAUCUCCGGAAAGCCAGGCUCCGGAAAGUCGACUUUGAUGAAAUAUCUGUGUCGACAGGAGGAAACGAAACGGUAUCUUGAUGUCUGGGCUGCGGAUAAGUCUCUUGUCUUUGGUAAAUUCUUCUUCUGGAAUCCCGGCACAACCCUGCAGAAGAGCCUGAGGGGGUUGAUUCGUGGUCUUCUUUAUUCUAUUUUAGCCAAUGCUCCGGAGCUUAUCCCUCUAGCCUUUCCGAAGCAUUGGGAUGCCACGCUUAGUAAGGUCGCAGUCGCGUUUGAUUCCUCGGACGAUAUCUUGAUCGCUUUUACCGAUCUGAUUUGCCGGGACGAGGUCUAUCGUAACCACAAGCUUGUCUUCUUUAUUGAUGGCUUAGAUGAGUUCCAUGGAAACCAUACAGCACUAAUAAAGGAACUGCUGCGAUGGACAUCAACACGACCUACAGAUGUCAAGAUGUGCGUCUCGAGCCGAGAGUGGCCCAUCUUCCAAGAAGCAUUCAAGAUAUUCCCAAGUUUCCGCUUGCACGAGCUGACGCGAUCUGAUGUCUCACGAAUUGUACGGGACAGGCUGAAGAACAACGACACCUACCAGAAACUGGCAGAUCCUGAUGAAUUAGCACGCUUUGAGUCUAAUCUUGUGGAUAGAUCGGACGGCGUAUUUUUGUGGCUCAAGCUGAUCUUGCAAGACGUUGAGGACGGUCUCCUGAGCGGAGAUAGACUGUCGCAAUUGCAGAACAAGGUCAAGGCGCUUCCAACUGAGUUGAACGACCUAUUCCAGCACCUUCUUAACUCUAUUCAUCCGUGUGAUCGAAAGGAGGCAUACUUGAUCUUGUCAGUCGCGCUUGAGUGCUCUCCCGAUUGGCCCAUCUUCCGCAUCUCCUUUCUGGAAGAGUACAUCGAGAAUCAUGAUUUUGCUCUCAGUCAAAGGAUUGAGCGGCUCAAAGGCGACCACAUAAUGGACCGACUGGAGCGAACCCGAAAGAAGAUCUACGGCAAAUGCCUCGAUAUCUUUGAUUCUAUUUGUCAAACGUUCCUCGCGCAUAUCCAAGCAGCCAUCAUGCACAAGCAUUAUUAUCAUGAUUGUCACGGGGAAUCCGAUUCAGAAGAUUAUUUGUCGUUCCCUCCAGAAGAUCUAAUCAAAGUGCUUCCGCCUCCAAGUCUAGAUUACGAUAUUUGCACCCUCUUAGGAGCAUAUGCUGCGAAAGACACGGCCGCGGACUCAGCGAGAUUCACGGCAUUCCUAGACAAAGUAGUCGGGGUAGCCGAGGACCUGUUCUCCCCCAAGGCCAAGUUUCAGUUCGUCAAUGACACUUGGAUGAGGGAUGAUUUGAUCUACCACACGAUAGAGGUCAGCUUUCCGGUUAAGGUGGCCCUCUUUAGUGCUUCACGGAAUACGAGAACAUGUUACGCUGCCCAUGUUGACAUGGAUGACAUGCUACGUGUCCCUGUUAAGGAGUGCGGUGCGUAA